GAGGACACCGCCCUUCAUAGUCUGUCACAGGCUAGUACGGACACUGGUAGUAAUUCAGACAAUACUCACGAUGUCAAUCAGACUGGGGAGAGCCGCCAAGACGCGGCCGUCGUUGCUGACUCGGACCAAGGUCUAUCCAAUCCCGGACCCACCGUUGUUGAACCAAUCAAUCCUCCAUCUGCAAGCACGACCACAGCCGCAGCAUCUGCCGCCUCCUUGGUGGCACCCACCACGACUUCAACAAACGUCGCAGCGCCCGCUAAUGCGCUCCCUGUUCUUUUAGACAUCGCUAUCCGAGGAGGUACGAAUCCGGCAGUCUUCCAAACAGCAGACGAGGCGAGGGGUAAAGCAGGCGGUAAAAGGAAACGGCCAACGAAGAUGGGGCCCGUCGAACCUUCGACCAAAAAGCCCGCGACGAAGAAACGCAAAGCCACGGUGGCUAGGAACGGAACAGAGGGGACAAACGGUGGUAGCGACGACGUGAUGGAGGUUGCACCAAAGUUGACGAUCCGUAUCCCAGCCCGCAAAUGA